GUGCCCCUCACCCUGGGUGGAGAUCACACCAUAACGUACCCCAUCCUGCAGGCCGUGGCAGAAAAGCACGGUCCCGUGGGACUGGUGCACGUGGAUGCUCACACCGACACCGGAGACGCAGCCCUGGGAGAGAAGAUCUGCCACGGGACCCCGUUCCGGCGCUGCGUGGAGGAAGGGCUGCUGGACUGCAGCCGCGUGGUCCAGGUCGGCAUCCGAGGCUCCUCCUACGAGCCCGAUCCUUACAAGUACUGCCGGGACCAGGGUUUCCGGGUGGUGCCGGCUGAGGAGUGCUGGAGGAAGUCCCUGGUGCCGCUGAUGAGGGAGGUGAGGGAGCAGAUGGGGCACAAGCCGGUGUAUAUCAGUUUCGAUAUCGACGGACUAGACCCCGCAUACGCCCCGGGCACUGGGACGCCGGAGAUAGCCGGGCUCACGCCCGCGCAGGCUUUGGAGAUCAUUCGUGGCUGCAAAGGCCUGAACGUAGUGGGAUGCGACCUUGUAGAAGUUGCUCCGAUGUACGAUGUCUCCGGUAACACAGCCCUCCUGGGGGCAAACCUGCUCUUCGAGAUGCUCUGCGUCCUCCCCGGAGUGAAGACAGCGUGA